AUGAGUGCCACAUCAGCCACGAGUUGCCCCUUGCCACCACUGCUUGCGCCUGAACAAGAGGAGCAAGAGUGUUCUGACAUACAUAUGUCUGUCUUGUGGUAUGCGGGGGAGUUUGCAGUUACUUACUAUGAUACAGAAGAUUGCUCAGUUUACUUCAUGCCUGACACACCUGAUAGUGAAGGCCUUGAGCUGCUGCAAAAAGUGACUGGGGAAGUUCAUCCUAAAUGCAUAGUGACAAGUGCAAAACAGGAUCAGAAUAUUGCCAAUUUCCUGACCAACCUAGCAGACAGUGAUAGCGAUAAAGGAAAAAUAGAAAUUGUCCUAUUUCCUAACAUAGAUUUUGGCCUAGAAGUCAGCAAGCAACGAAUUCUAUCUAGACAAUUUCCAUUUAUCCCAUCCCAUAUGACUGCAACAGAAAAAAUUCUUUAUUUGUCCUCAGUCAUCCCUUUUGAGUGCCCACUCAUGAUAAGAGCAUUAGGGGGGCUCCUUAAGUACCUUGACAGGAGAAGGGUUGGAGUUGAACUGGAAGAAAGCGGUAUUGCAGUUCCUGUUUUAGCCUUUAGAAAGUUUGUUCUGUCAGAAACUGUGAAUAUAGACCAAGACACUUACAGUGUUCUACAGAUAUUUAAAAGUGAUAUCCAUCCUUCUGUGUAUAAACUUUCUAGUGGAUUAAAAGAAGGAUUCAGUUUAUAUGGGAUUUUAAAUCGCUGUAGGUGCAAACGGGGAGAAAAACUUUUGAGGCUGUGGCUUACACGACCUACUCGGAACUUGACAGAGCUAAACAAACGGCUGGAUGUUAUCCACUUCUUCCUGUUGGCUCAGAACCAUGAAACAGUCCUUACCCUUCAAGACUGCCUCAGGAAUAUAAAAAAUGUGCCUCUUAUUCUAAAAAGAAUGACUCUAUCCCAUACAAAAGUUAGUGACUGGCAAGCACUCUAUAAGACAGUGUGCAGUGCACUGUGCCUUAGAGACACAUGUCGCUCUCUGCCCCAUAGUAUUGAACUCUUUCAGAUUAUUUCACGCGUCUUCACUGAUGAUCUGCAAUACAUUGCUAGUCUUAUCAGCAAAGUGGUGGACUUUGAAGGCAGCAUCUCUCAAAAUCGCUUCACUGUUAGACCCAAUGUGGAUCCCACCAUUGAUGAAAAGAAGCGAAGGCUAAUGGGUCUGUCAGACUUUCUUACAGAAGUGGCACAAAAAGAACUGGAAACGUUAGACAACCAUAUUCCUUCCUGUUGUGUGAUCUACAUUCCUUUGAUUGGGUUCCUUCUCUCCAUUCCACGGCUACCGAGCAUGGUGGAUAAAAACGACUUUGAAAUUGAAGGCUUGGACUUCAUGUUCUUGUCAGAGGAUAAACUGCACUACAGAAGUGCUAGAACUAAGGAGCUAGACAGCCUGCUGGGUGACUUGCACUGUGAGAUAAGAGACCAAGAAACACUUAUUAUGCACCAGCUGCAGGCAAAGAUCUUGGAGAGGUCUGAAGUGCUUAACAGCGUGAUUGAGUAUACUGCACACCUGGAUGUGCUGUUGGCUUUGGCAGUGAUGGCUCGGGAAAACUCCUACUGCCGGCCACGCUUUACUCAGCGCCAUGGCUUCCACAUCAAGGAUGGAAGACAUCCACUGAUGGAACUAUGUGCAAAGACAUUUGUGGCUAAUCCUGUGAACAGUGGUGAGGCUACCAGACGAAUAAAGAUAAUCACUGGGCCCAACUCAUCCGGAAAGAGCGUCUACUUAAAGCAAGUAGGUCUUAUAAUAUUUAUGGGUCUAAUUGGCAGUUAUGUGCCUGCAGCAGAGGCAGAGAUCGGAGCAAUUGAUGGGAUUUACACAAGAAUCCACACUAGGGAAUCAGUUUCUGUAGGACUCUCCACAUUCAUGAUUGAUCUUAACCAGGUUGCCAAAGCAGUAAACAAUGCCACAGAGAGGUCAUUGGUACUUAUCGAUGAGUUUGGCAAAGGGACCAACACACUAGAUGGCCUGGCCCUUCUGGCUGCUGUGCUGAAGUACUGGAUCAAUCAAGGAACCCAGUGUCCGCAGGUCUUUGUGUCCACUAAUUUUCACAGCUUAAUGCAGCUGCAACUUUUGCCUGACACACCUCUUCUAGAAUACCUGACCAUGGAGACUCACCAAGAUGGAGAUGAAUUGGUGUUUUUCUAUCAGAUCAAACAAGGAGUAUCCACUGUUAGUCAUGCUGCCAACAUUGCUGCACUAGCUGGAAUGCCUGCCAAAAUUAUUGAAAGGGGAGUGGAAGUAUCAGAACUGAUUCGCAAUGGAAAAGCUAUCAAACGUAUUGAUCAUCCUUCAAAAGGAGACCAGAUGGAAAAAUGCAAGGCUGUUGUUGAAAAGUUUCUUAGCCUAGACCUUGAUGAUCCUAAUGUGAACUUAGAAGAGUUCAUGCAUAAAGAGGUGUUGCCCUCUGCAGCCUCAAUUCUAUAG